AUGGGGAGCCUCAGCCACGACCUCGAGGGGUCCUGCCAGAGCCCCCCAAAGGGCUGCCAGCCCCUCCAGGAGCCGUGCCCGCCCCAGCAGCAGCAGCAGCAGAGUUGCAAGCCCCGCCGGCGGGUGGAGGUGAACCACUCGCCCCUCGCCUGCCCCCCGCCCGUGAGGAUCCACCGGAGGCCCCUCCAGCAGUACCGGCCAUCCCCGCCCUGCCAGGACCGGGACGGAGGUGGCAAGCCCAGGAGGAGGGUGGAGCAGUGUCCCCCCGAGGAUGACAGCGACAGUCCCCCCGUGGUGCUGCAGCCCCUGCCCCUGCAGCAUCGCUGCCCCCAACCCGUCCAGCGGUGCCCCGCCCUGCCCGUCCAGAGGUGCCCCCCGCCCGUCCAGAGGUGCCACCCGGCCCCCAUCCCCCUGCCACCACACCCCGGCCACCACCAGCACAAGCAGGUCACUCUCUUGCCGCCCUGCCUGCAGAAGUGCUGA